AUGACUUACCCAACGGUUCUGACUGUUAUAUUUGCAAGCUUCUUGUGCUCCACUGCCGCAGAUAAAGGCCUUCAUUUGAAGGGUUAUUCCGAGGGCGGAGUUGAAGGCUGUUACGAACACAGUCAAGAGUUGGCAGUUUGCUUUGAUGUGAAGAAAGAUUCCAUGCUCAUAAAGAAGGCCUCGGGAGAAGGAAUUGUACAUUACCAGGAACUCGGUCCAGAUAUGUUUCUUUACCAAGUGUUGGAUGAUGCUUUUGUCGGGUAGGCUCAACUAGCAUUCACGUUGUAUCGUUUAAGAUAUUGUAUCAGUAUCGGCUACCUAAACUUACAUUGCAUAAUUUUCUGUUUUUUGUGCAUUUGACAUUUGGCUCAAUAAACAAGAAAAUGACGUGCGAGCUACAUCACGUUGUGUACAUCUCAAGUGACUACAUCGUGAGAAAAACACUGACUUACUAGGCUAUUUUCAAACGGCACCGGACGAAUUUUCGACUGGUUGAAAGUUCGUACGUUUGGGAGUUCAGUUCACACGGAACUACCUUAACCGUACGAAUAUUUAGACGCCUAGGCGUUCAAAGUUCCGUGUGAACAGAGCGAAAAUAUUGAAGCGCCCUGUGUGAACGAGAUGUCCGGUGAAAUUUUUUAGCUGGUCGAAAUUUAAUUCGUUGCCGUGUGAAGUUAGCCUUAUGAUACUUGUAUAUGCUUCCCAAUCUGCUGGAUAGCUCAUUAAGGCCCCGUUCAGACGAAUCUGGGCAGUCUGAAACCGCAUACUAAUAUUAAUAAUUCUUAGGUUGUAGGCACUUUUAAAGGAGCUGUGUCACAAAAUUCAGCCAAAUUAGGAAAUUACAAAAUGCCCAUUAGAUUAAGAGAAACAAAAAAAUAACCGCUCAAAACUUUAAAGGAAGGUUAAAAUAACAUAACAGAAACAACAGAUGCCACGGAUGGGCGAAACUGAACAAGAUUGACACCGAUUGAAAAAUAGGAUUUUUGAAAACUGUUCAGCCUAACAGUUUUUCAAAGUUGAUCCCUGCUGCUUGCAACUCAAAUAUAAUGCUCAGGAGACAUAUUUGUCUCGGAUCAGUCUGAUUUUGUCAUUUACAUGUGAUUUCUUUGCUUACUUUAAGUUCCAUAGCCAUUCUGGGCGAGUAAUUCGCAAAAUUAAACAAAAUGAACUGGACUGCCGUGACACAGUCCCUUUAAGUUUAUUCCCGGAUAGGUGAUGUUCAUACCUCACCGCCGGAUAGCUUUUCGUGUCGUCGUGAAGAGCUAUCCGCAGUAAAGUGUGAACAUAGCCUUAGUUUUUGCUCUACAGUUGAUUUCACUGUAGAAUACUCCGCCUAAAUGCAAAGUUAUUAGGAUGAUAAAAAUGCUUGCCUGGUAUAUUAGCCAUGAGUUUGCUCAGGGUGAGUCUUCGUAUUCAGCGAUCAGAGCGCUCGUCCGGUAUCUAGGAAACAUUUUAUGCCUUUUAGUUUUGAUUUGUAUCUAUGUGUGUUUCUCGCCGCAGGCGUGGCUCAGCAAUCUUCUAUGUCCCAGAUGACGUUCCAAAAACGCCUGAAGCGCUGAGAUCCUUUUUGAGAGACAUAUCGGAUGAUGAAACUUUAGAACAUGAAACCUUGAAAAAUCACUAUCAAGCAGCCAUGAGCGAGUUGCACUACGUCCCAGAAAUUCAGCUGCUGGAGCUAGUGUCAGCAGCAUUAGCAGACAACUCCACCCGUCUGGAGCUGCUCCAACCAUUCCACGCCAUGUGCUUUAACCUUUUUAAGGCUACAGGCGUAAAGGUCAAGGAUGAGUUCAGAGCUGCGCAUGACAUGGGCGAUGAGACUGCUGAUCAGCAUUACCGAGAAAAGCGCUGCUCACGACCAAAAGCGAAUACAUGUCGCGGAAUGUGUGGUCUAGGAUGUUGGUGUUGGAGCUGGUUUUGUGGCGACUGCUGUUUGCAUAGGGGCUGUUACGAGCACGACAUAUGUUGCAACUAUGGUCGUUUGACAUCAUAUUGUGCCACCCCCUUCCGAUACGGUUUCACAUGCUCCAAAUUCGGGGGUUAUCCAAGGUGUAAAAAACGCAAAUCAUGGUGGGGUUAA